CUUUUCCAGCAUAAAUAGGGACCAGAGCCUCGGUCCCCAUGAGGCUACACCAUUUCUGACGUCCUGGUUCAGAUUAGAGGUUCGACAUGAACUGAUCAUGGUGGAAGUUAGAGAUAGUGUGUGUGUGUAUGCGUGCGUGCGUUGUGUGUGUGCGUGUGUGUGUGUGUGUGUGUGUCAUAGAGCGACAGAAAGGGGCGUGGAUGUGGAAUCCACUCCAAGAAGUAAAAGCAGCCGGACCUCCGUCCCCCUCUCCUGGAGCCAGCAGCAGCAGCAGCAGCAGCGUCAGUGAGCUGAAGUCAAAGUUCCUCCUGGUGUUAAGUUGUUCGGGUGAAUCAUCGCACCGCAGCGGGACAUCUCUCCACCUGUGAGCCAUGGAAGAAGACGCGUCCCACGCCGAGGCCAGCAGCGUGUCGGGCAGCACCCACACCAUCCCGCAGCAGCAGCAGCCCGAGAACACGGAGCUCCUCACCCCGAGCUUCAGCCCGUCCUCCGCGCCGUCCUCCCCGACCCCGACGGGCACCCUGUCCCGGCUCGGCUUCAGAAGUCCCACCAGCUCGACCUCGGCGGCGCCGGGCAGCCCCGUGGCCGGCGGCCAGGUGAGCGCCAUCACCGUGGUGGCGCUGCUGGACAAGCUGGUCAACAUGCUGGAGGCGGUGCAGGACAACCAGCAGCGCAUGGAGCAGCGGCAGGCCGACCUGGAAGGCGCCGUGCGGGUGGUGCAGGGCGACGUGAGCCGCCUGAGCAAGACCCACGUCAGCACCUCUAACUGCGUCAGUAAGCUGCUGGAGCGCUCCCGCAAAGUCAGCACCCACCUGAAGGACGUGAAGGAGCGCAUGGACAAGCAGGCGGUCCAGGUGAAGAAGCUGGAGGCCAACCACAACCACCUGCUGAAGAGGAACCACUUUAAAGUGCUCAUUUUCCAGGAAGACAAUGAGAUCCCCUCCACUGUGUUUGUUAAGGACUCCCUCAAGACCCCACAACCAAGCCAGUAUGAUGCAGAAUCCACCCAGAUUACUCCAUCUAUCGCAGGCUCUGUUGAAUGCAGCAGUGCCCAAGUUGAGGGUCUCCAGACCAUUAGCCUGUCCUCGGAUGACGAUGAUGAUCUCAGAACACUCCAGGAGGAGGAUGAUAUGCUGGAAGGGGAUGGUGAAAUGGGUGUGGGCACUUCCCGCACAUUUGAGAGAAGAGCUGACAAAUUCAAGCGCUCCAGCCUGAAGAAAGUUGAUAGCCUCAAGAAGGCCUUUUCGCGCCAGAGCUUUGAGAAGAAGAUGAAUCAGAUCACCACCAAGAUUGUGCCCCCAGAGAAGCGUGAGAAAAUCAAGAAGAGUCUCACCCCCAACCAACCCAAGAGCCCAACUGCCAAGUCCUCCUCAUUUAAGGUGUCUCCGAUGACCUUCAAUAUAAAGAAGGUCAGGGAUGGGGAGACCCCCACACAAAGCAUAGGUUCACCUGGGGAAGAAGACCAUGUGGAGAUUCCACCUCUCGGAAACUUGGAUGGUGACAUUCCCUUGGCGGAGAUUCAUACCUGUGAAGGUGUUGUGGAGGUGUUGCAGGAAACACUGAGUCCUUCCACCCCAGACAGCAUGAAGGCAGAGCUGGCUAUCAAUGGCAAAGCCCCGAGCAUUGAGUGUGAGAUUAACGGUGAUCACGCUGGCCUGGCAGUACCAGAAGAGGAUGAAGAUGUCGGCGAGGAAGAAGACGAUGAGGCGGGAGAAGAAGAGAAGCACAAAGCCCCUGUAGAAUCAGCAGCCGAUGCCCAGAUUCCCACAGCAACAGCUGCUGUGGAGCAAGCAACUUAAUAUGUUUUGUUGAGCAUCACUUCUAAUUUCAAUUUUUUUCUUUUCUUCAAGUUUCUAUAUUUGAUACCCAUCAGGCACAAUUUAUCCCUCCAUUGUAAGCACUCAGUGCCCAAAAAAACUCAGAACAUAAUCAUAGGUUCUAAUGUCAGUCCAUCCUUGGGCCUUCUUACUACAUUACCUUUGAUUAUCAGCAGCAUAAUCUAAAAAUGUUGACGCCUCAGUCAACAUUAUACCUCACAGUGUACAUCACUAAUCUCCUAUUUAGAUCAUCAAGGUGCCGCUAUCUUUUCUAAAACCGGUUUUAGGAACUUCUACCAAAAAAGGUACAAAAAUUUGACCCACUGAGUUAGGGAGGUUGUACUGCAACAAAUCUCUUUCUCUUCUGUUUUGAGAAAAGUUGAGUGAAAGUAGCAACAGGGAGAUGCUUUCUAAAACCUUCUUAUGAAAAAUGUAAUGACUUUAAGAAUACAUUUAUCUUUAAAAAGCAAGCAAAAUCUGAUGCAUUAUGUCAGCCAGUGAAAUGGAAGUAACUUACGCUACAUAACAUUCUUCUUCAUCUCUGGGUUAUUUGUGAUUUGCAAAUAAUGAAUUGGUGCAUUAUUGCCAACAGCUGGAGUGUGAACUUCUUAACAUUCGGAUCUCAGACCUGUUGAAAUGUGAGCCAGUUGUGGGCUGGCUCUGCACCAGCAUCGCCCUGGUGGAAAACAGGUACAAGAGUGCUUCUCAAAGUCUUUUGCUUGGUUGUCCAAGAAAAUCAACAUGCACCAUAACUUACCCUCAUCAACUGGUGCCCAACCCUUCGGCAGCAGCACAUCGCCAGGGUGGUGAGCCAACCAUCCUCCUGCAGUGUGUGCCUGUCUCUGGACCCCUCUGCCUCACUGACAAACAGUCUCUUUGUUCUUUGCGGUUCUUGUGAAAUAUAGUAGAUCUCCAGCAACGGCGGUACUGCCCACAGCCUACUGAGGCGGUGCGUUGCCAGGUUGUGCAAGAUUUGGAAUGGGCAGUUUCUAAGAGUUUCAGUGAAAAUGUUGCAGGGUGUUUUGUAGUGGACUGGAGAUUGUUUACAGAAUGUUUUGGACCUGUACUGAAAAGCGUCACUAACAGGUGAAGGUCAGCAGUCUUGAAUCUCAUCAUCUGCCCUUCAUCGUUAGAAGUGUUAGUCCAACCUGAUGUUGAUGAUCUAACUAGAGUGCCUAAUGAGUUGCAUGAGGAACAUAAAAAUAUAAUUGUAAUUGGUGAUUGCCAAUUGACUACCAACAAUUAACCUUAUAUAGCCGAAGAGUGGAAUAGCAUAGAAUAGUUUGCAAGAGUCAAAAUAUUCUUGCAAAUGACAUUUAUUUGAUAUUCGCUAGAUAGAUACAAAUAUAUAUAUUUGAGUCCCUUUGAUGAAGGACAACACUGCAGCAUAGAAGCUGCUCUAGAUUGAGAGACAAAUAUAUGACUGGCACAAAUAACCCAUAGGUUUUAAUACUGACGUGCGAAAUGUCAACUCUAUAGCCCUUGUCUUUUCUACAGGGCAUCUAUGUAUGAUUAUGUACAGGAAAUAUUUUCUACAUGAGGCACACUACUCUAGGUAUUUAACGCUUAUAUAACAUAAAAUAUGAACUUUAAGUGCCUUGAAUAUGUGUCCUUAAACAGUAAAUGUAACUGUCAAGUGUUUUUGAGUUAUUAUAUGAUACUAGGGUAUAACGAGUCAUAUUUUACUUUCAGGCAUCCAAAACAUGUAUUGGGAAAAGUUAGCUCAGCUUCAUAUGUUUAAGACAAACCCUCUCUUAUAAACAUUUGCAUUUACACGGACAUUCCUUAAGUGCCUUUACCUUGCACAAGCUGGUAUGAGAAGUUGCUCUCCUCAUGGAAUAGAUUCCUAUGUUUUCUUGUAGAUAAGAGUGAUAGUAAAGCAUUCCUGUUUUUUUUCUCUGCUCUGAUUAAUUCUUUGCAGCUAUAACUUUAUGGAGCAUACUCAAGCUUUUAAUACAAAUUGAAAAAAGAGAGGAUUUAAGUUUCAAGGAGGAGCAAAUACAUUUGUCACAAUCAACCUCGGUUUUGGAAGUUGUACCUGGAAGUUUCUAUAAAGUGACCUUACUCUUGUUGCACAUAGUUAGCGCUUUCAUGCCUUUGUUAUAGAUUUCUAAUGUCUAAUGACUCCCUAAAAAUAGUUUUCCACAAGUGAUACCAGGGACCAAGGAUCCAAAUGCUAAGGGCACCGAAGUGCGUAAAGGCAGAGGACAGCAUCCCUGGGUUUGACAGAUGACUAUGUAUUGGCCCAUUUCUCAUGCUCUUGGCCUGCUUGCUGAGAAUGUGCAGAGAAGAUGAUGCUCUUUGGAGUCACAAGUGUUGUGCCCCUCUAGAGGCUCCUGGGCACAACACCUGGAAGUAAAGGUUGUAGGAGUUUGGAAAAGGAUGAUAAACUUGUCUUUGUGUUAGGCAUAUGUGCAGCUUGGAAGAGAGGAGUCUGCAAUGUGUUACACCAUAGAAUUAAAUUAUAGGAACCAUAAUGCUGGCACUACAGGAUUGGGGGACCUCUAUUUCAGUUACACCAAUACAGCCUACAUCCAUUAUUAUCCUUCUGAAUUAGACAGCAAAUCAUUUUCUUACAUCUAAAUUAUGCAAGAAAAUCAUAUUACUGAGGUCUGAUAAAGACAUAUAUGGUACAUUUGAUAUAGAUAAAUAUUUCCAACAUUAUUUGACAAAGUAAUAAACUCAAAGCCUUUUAGAUGCUUCAUGUUAUAAAUGUUUGCCAGUCUUCUAUUUGGAUAUGUAAGGAGAAAGUUAAUAGAUGAAAACAUUUUUUUAACUUGUUUAAACUUACCAAUGUACUUGAUUUUUUUCUUUUUAAUUCUUCUUCUUUUGUAUAAAUUACUCAACUAGAAUAAUGAAACAUUAGGCUUACAUGUACAUUCUGUUUAAUGCAGAGGUUAAAAUGUGACUGGCUCUGAUGUAUUUCUGCUUAUUCAUGCAAAAGUAUGAUACUUUGGUGAUAUAUCUGUCUGCUGUGAUUAAAAAAAAUCUAGAAAUUAUUAUCUAGACAUGUGUGUGUAAAUGUCUGUUUUUUUUCAUUUGUCUUCAAAUCACUGUUAAAUCUGGAUUAUAUGUGAGGACCACUGUUUGCUGGGAAAGCUCUGACAUUAGAUACCUACAGCACAGGUAGUGAUGUUGAGAUUACUAUCAUCUUUGUGUGGAGUUUAUCGCCUGUUAAUGUAGUCACCCACUUAAAACCAAAGAAGUUUGAAGAUUACCUGCUACUCGUGUGUUUAAAUGUACAUCUGCUUACAAUUGUUUCAACCAUCUCAUAAACAUGCAGGAAUUUCCCUUCAAAGUGUAGUAUUGUAUACAUCAAUAAAGACUUCAUAACAUUCA